UCGGUUAAGGGGUUGAGCAACCCAGCAUCCGAAAAUAGUGCCUGCUGUUAGAAAAGUAGGUCGAUAGGAACUGAGAGCGACGUUUGUUUCCACGCUUUUUGUCUGUGUUCUUUGUUGUUAAGCGAGGACUGUGGUUUGUCUUCCUCUCUGUCGGUGGAGAGGCUUUUACGCACAGGUGGGAGAGACCCGCUCAGCAUAGGACAGCCCCCCUCUCUCGGCUCCUCAGCGGAUGAUGUGAGGAAGUGACAUUUUUUCACCGCUGCGGGUCGGGACAGCACUGCUCCUCCUCUGCAAACAGGUGUGCUGCUGUCCGGGUCACUUCUGCUGCCGGGAAACCACCGGGAGGCUGCGCCGUCCCCCCUCCAAAAAAACCCAUCACCACCACCACCACCACCCACCAAGCCUCCAGGACGCGGGACAAGAGCGGGGACCAGAGGAGGACAAAAAAACCGACCCGUUCAAGUGCGUUUCUUUAUUAGCCAGGGCUGUUUGAACGGGCUCUCUCUCACACACACACACACACACACACACACACAGAGAGAGGGAGAGAGAGAGGGGGAGCGAUGGCAACGAAAAAGGCGUGCGUGGAUGCGCCCAAGAGGAGCCGGAGUCCGGUCGUGCUGGAGGCGGAGAUGUUCAGUGAAUUUCAGGACUGGUGUCUCCGGACUUAUGGGGACUCCGGGAAAACAAAGACCGUCACCCGGCGAAAAUACAACAAAAUCAUGCAGACACUGUUGCAGAGCGACGAGUCGGACGGCGUGUACGUCGACAACAGCCACAUCAACGCCAAAUUCAAAUUUUGGGUGAAGUCGAAAGGAUUUCAGGUCGGGACCAACGUCCUGGGAGAGCACAACAAGAAAGGGGCUCCAGGGAAACCCGUCCUAUAUGUGCCGGUCAAGUCAACGUGUUCGGAUGGCAAUUCAGCCCAAGACAACUCCUCCCUGAAGCGUGUGGCUGUGGUUGAAGACUUCUUUGACAUCAUCUAUGCCAUGCAUGUGGAGAUGGGUGCUGACCCUGGCCGAGCACCCAAACACGCGGGCCAGAAGAAGACCUACAAAGCGAUCGCAGAGACCUAUGCCUUCCUGCCCAGAGAGGCGGUGACUCGGUUCCUAAUGAGCUGUGGAGAGUGUCAGAAGAGGAUGCACAUCAACCCCAGCACUGCAGAGUUCAAAGAAAAUGACAGACCCGCCUCACUGGUCCCGGACCUCAUUGAUUACAACAUGCCUCUUACUGCCACCUACCUGAAACAGAUGAAACUGCAGUGCAUGACUGCCAAUGAAAGGGACGACAGCUCGGUGAGCAGCGAGGACAUGAACGGCACUGAGCCCACAUGGGUCGCAGCGGAGCAGCCCCCAGUGCCUGAGCCCAGUCCACCCAACGGGGAGCGAGUCAGCAACCCGACAGCCGCCAUUAAAGAGGAGGAUGAUGACGACUCCUCGGAGAGCGGCAGUGCCAACGGGCUGCCGGCCCUGACCUCCCCGGAGGUGCUGGCUGCGGGUGGGAACCCCCCAGAUGGUGGGGCCCCUUAUGGGGAGGUGACGGAGAACGGUCUGAGCGCUCCCCUGGACUUCAGCACCACCUCGUCCUCGUCCUCCUCAGAGGAUCAGCAGCCGGUCAAUCUGAGCGACAGCCUGCUGCCCGUGGGGUGCUCGCCGACAGACCCCAACAGGAAGUACCCCGUCAAAACAGAGUACACCAACAAGUCUCCUCCGUACAGCUCAGGAAGCUAUGACUCCGUGAAAACUGAACUGAGCAUGAGUGCCGAGGACUUGACCUCUGGCCGGGCGCAGAUAAUCGAUGAGGACGACGAUGAUCAUGACGACCACGAUGACAGCGACAAGAUUAAUGAUGCUGAGGGGAUGGACCCCGAGAGACUUAAAGCCUUCAAUAUGUUUGUGCGUCUGUUCGUGGACGAGAAUCUGGACCGCAUGGUGCCCAUCUCCAAACAGCCCAAGGAGAAGAUCCAGGCCAUCAUCGAAUCCUGUAGCCGCCAGUUCCCAGAGUUCCAGGAGCGCUCCCGCAAGCGCAUCCGCACCUACCUCAAAUCCUGUCGCCGAAUGAAAAAAGGCGGUUUUGAGAUCCGACCAACACCUCCUCACCUCACCUCUGCCAUGGCUGAGAACAUCCUCGCUGCCGCCUGUGAGAGCGAAACCCGAAAUGCUGCGAAGAGGAUGCGGCUCGACGUCUACCAGUCGACGGACGAGCCAGCCUCCGGUGACAAGUCCAACUCGAGGGACUCGGCCCCUGCGGCCCCGACAGCAUUUUCCAUUUCCAGCGCAGCCUUCGCCCAGGACCAGCUCUACACCAACGGAGGCCUCAACUACAACCUGCGAGGAUACGGGACGGUCGGCAGCAACCAGCAGAACUCUGGAGCUGCACAGACCAAUGGUCCCACAGAUCUGAGUAUGAAGUCCGUCGGCCCAAACUCCUCUUCCUCCAGCUCCAACAGUCACGGUCAGGGCGGUGGCGGCGGCGGAGCCUCGGCCCAGCUCAGCCCUCCGGAGGUCACGGCGGUGAGGCAGCUCAUCGCCGGGUACCGGGAGUCCGCGGCCUUCCUCCUCCGCUCGGCAGACGAGCUGGAAAACCUGAUUCUGCAGCAGAACUGAGUAAUGAGCCAAACCGUGCCAAGACCCUCCCCUCGCCUGUCCAUCUCCGCCGCUCUGAGUCUCACAUGUUUGGGCAGACUUUCACAUACAAAGACACAAAUGUAGACGAGUGAUGCCGCAGCACACGGUGGGUCCCGUAGGUACGGCACCUUUACUUUUCUCCCACACGUCUCUGUAUUUGGACAGGCCGGAACAUAUCACAGGCUGAAAAAUGUUUAUUUAUGCAUUUGGUUCACUUUGACCUUAGUGCCCUCUUAUCUGUAGCCAUCCAUCCCAUUCAGUUCCUUUUACCACCUCAACCUCCAUUUGUCUCAGGAAGCGAUGAUCUAUGUGAAAAAAAAAUGAAAAAAAUCUGCAUUGGUACACAGUGAGUACCAGAGGUGUUAAACUAGCUGUGACCAUGACGCCACAUUGGCUCGUUCGUGUAGAUUUUUUUGAAAUGAAUAGUUAAAUAUCAGUGAGUUAGUGUCGGUACUUUGUCUCUAUUUUUACACGGAAGUAACAUAUGCUGUGCAGUGGCAUGAUUUGAUCGGGUCGAGUCUUUUUUCUUAACGAUAACAACACAAAUUCAUCUUUGUUUCAUGGGGAAAAAUUUGGAGCAUUGCUUGGUUGAAGUCCGUAGAUUAAUCGCUGCUAAAAUCCACUGACCUGUGAACCUCAACAGCUUCUGUACGACGUGCAAAAAAAAAAAAAAUAAGGAAAGAAACUGAAAGAACCUGAAGGUUUUGACCAACAAAUCAGUCGAGUGGUUCGGUCGAAUCUUUACCUCGGUCCUGCUCUUGUUGGAGUAGUUUUCUACGCUCGUGGUCACUGAGAGGCAAAGACUCAUUACCCGACGUGACUUGAUUUGCAGUGAUUUUCAUGAUAAAUAUUUCUAUGGCAGACAAUUUCUCUGAGCUCAACAGGCAGGAGGCCUUUGAGACGCCUUGGUAUGCAAAUUGAGGUCACGGACACCUGUCAGGGACAAAGAGGAGAAUGAACAUAUCGUUUAGACUCUCGGUUUAUAACCAGUGCUUCGGGAAAAAGUGGAAAAAGGUGCAAUAUUGAGGAUAAUCAGUAAUGGUGUGCUUACUGAGAAAGACUGUCAGAGUCGCUGAGGCGCUUUUUUUUUUUAACGAGGGGAGAACUCCACCACGGCCCCCUGCCUGCUGCAACUGUCACGUUGUUAAAAAGAGAAAAGAAACGGUAUCCCAAGCAGCAUUGUAGCCACUUUCAAUGUUGUUGUUUGUCGUGAAACGCCGAUCGUUUAUCGCCGACCUCGUUACUGAGGCACUUUCAUGUGUUGGGAUCAAUCCUCCGUACAAGUGAUGAAAAGGAAAACGGGACCUGGCAGAAAAAUUAGACUUGAUGUUGCACGUCUUUUUUUUAAUUUUUUUUUUUUACUUUCAAGUGAUUCGGGGUGGGGGUUGUUUUUGUGUGUGAAGGAAAUCGUUCUGUGGGUGUUCUCAAGUUAAAAGUGCACAUAGAGCUCACACCGUUACUGACAGUCAGAUGAAGGCAGUGGUGAAACUCGCCAUAACGACCAUAUGGCUGUACCGGGUGCAGUGAGAGAGAGAGUGUGUGUGUGAGAGUUUGUGUGUGUGUGUGUGUGUGUGUGUGUGUGUGUGUGUGUGUGUGUGUGUGUGUGUGUGUGUGUGUGUGUGGGCUGCUCAGACAAAAGAAACUCCUCCGUCCGUCCGUCUGUAUCAUCCCCUCUGACCUCAGCUGUUUCAAACCCAUCUCGUCAGUUCUCAUCGAUACUGAAAACUCACUGUUUAAAAAAAAAAUAAAAAAAGAAGCAAGAGACAAUCUUUGAAAAAGAUGUAAUCGCAUCACAGUUUACUCUCCCAGCUUUCUGCUAUUGUGUGUGCGUGCGUGCGUGCGUGCGUGUGUGUGUGUGUGUGUGUGUGUGUGUGUGUGUGUGUGUGUGUGUGUGUGUGUGUGUGUGUGUGUGUGUGUGUGUGUGUGUGUGUGUGUGUGUGUGUGUGUGUGUGUGUGUGGUCUGAGGGCACACAAAGAGUACUCAAAGCAGAUCUAGAGCACAGUCUCACAACAGACACUUUUAAUGGUGAGUCACUCGGCACAAAAACACUUGUGUAAGUGUGUGUGUGUCUGUGUGUGUGUGGUGUGUGUGUUUUGCCUUCUUCUUUUCAAUCCGUUCUUUUUGCGUUGAUGUAAGCGUUGUUGUCGUCGUUGGCGUGUCGAUCUUCUGUUUGUGUAUAAGUGGAGUGACACAGUUUGUACGACAUCUAUCUGUGACGAUUUAAUUCAGUCGGCUGAAACAUUCCAAACUCAAUGACUCUUCAAGCGGCCACACGUGGCUCACACCUUAGUGAUUUGUCAAAGUUUAGAGAGAUAUAUUUCUGUAUUUAUCACAAAUCUUAUCAUAUUUAUCACAAAUCUGUUCAUUUCAGCAUCAUCCACCGGAGCUGGAUUUACACACAUGAUCCUAAAUAGCUCAUUUUAUCUUUUUACUAUCACCUCACGAUUGGGCUACAUCACUUUUACGUUUAAGUUCUAUGAUCUAUUGCAAGUUUGGAAGCACUUUAUAGCUCAGGAUUAAGGAAACAUAACACGGUGAUGUGAGUCUUUACCUCGUUUGGAAAAUCAGCCUCAGAUCAAAGAGGUGAUUACAACAAAGGUUUUACACACGACUCGCGAUCAGAAGCAGUUUUCAUUCCGCUUCAUCGGUUUGAACUCAUCGGGUUAAAUGGUGUCACGUGAGGGAUGUUUCAUAAAGGAGGCUCACGGGAGAAGCGUCUGGAAUCAGGAACCAGGAUUUAUCUGUUUCAUGAAGCCGGUUGGAGCAAAUGCAAAAGGUUAAAAACACAGAUCUUAGCCGUCAAGAAGCUAGAGGGUCACUCAGAAGAGGGUCUUCCUCCGCCAAGGCCCAAACGUCCCUUUAAAAUCACUAGAUCUGGAUUUUUAUUUGCAUCUGCACCAAACUCAUAAAUAUCAGUCCCCUAUAAUAUCAGACUUUUUUGAUGAUCCACAUCACAUCCUGCGUAUAAGUUUAGUCUGUUAUUCAGUUUCCUGCUAAAGAACACAAAUAAACUUUAGUGAAAACUUUACCUCCUCAGAAGAGGUUUUAAUAAUUGCAGGUUUAAUUUUAUUGGGUAAAAAUAGCCAAAAUCUUUAAAAAGGUUUCUUCCUUUGAGGCGAAAGCCAAAGUUAUUCCUCAUCUUUACUUCAGUUGCAGUUUAUUUAAAAAGCACUUGUUGACUGGGUCUCUGUGCAGGAUGCUUCAGACUGAGCUCAGGUUUUAAACUAUGCAUUUAAGUGCAUCAAGACUUGAUGUGUCCUGUCUGACGUUAGGAACCUUAGAGAGAACACUUGUUUCAGUCCUGUAAAGUGACUGUGACACAGAGAACCUGAGGACAUGCUCCUGGUCAGACGGGUUUAAAACCUCCUUUAUGAAGCAGAAUAUCCUGACUGGUUUCAAUAAAUCUGAUUUUAUAAUCCCAGAUGUUCGUGGGACCCGAGUCCCGACACGUUCACGUCUUCCUCGUCUCCUCCGACCUGCUCGUCUCGUGACUGCAGCCGCCGCAGAUCCGCUUUCACUUCACUUCUCAGUGACGCCACUGAAUCUCGUCCCAUUCGUGCACAAACUAAAAUUUGCUUGCAGAUUCGUAUCCCGUCUUAAAAAGUCAACGCUGAGCAACAUUUUAGCUGUUUGGUGGAGUUACUGUGACCAACAACCAACGCUCGUUGUCACGUUGUUGUUGUUGUCGUCGUUGUUUUUGUUUUUCUGUUUUUCUUCUUCUUCUUCUUCUAAAUAAAUGCCCAAUGGAUUUUCUCUUUGUAUUGACUGGACAAUGUAAUCUAUUGGUGUUGAUUAAAAAUGCCCUGGUAGCUUGUGGAUUGCUAAAGUGGUCAGAUAAAUGUACUGUAUAGCUGUACAAAGAGUGAUAACAGAUGUUUUAAACCUUUCUUUUUUCUGUGGGUACAGCACUGUUUAAAAAAAUAUCAAAGUGGUUUUUAGCCCUUGCCUGUUUUAACUUAUAAUUUGGUGGUGGUCUGUAUUUCUUCUAUUGUUAUUUAUAUCAUUUGAAAUUGUUGCCCUUCCUGCACUGAUGAGAGACUGUAGCUCUGUGCGGGGGGUCGUACUGUAAACCUGUGUGAAGCUUUGUAUUUUCCCCCCUCUGGUUUUGGACUCAGUGAAAGUGUGAUGUUUACAUGUACAGUUUUUAAAAAAUACUUUUCUUUU